CUCCGUCAGGGCCCCGGGGCGCAGCUGCUCCUGCCGUUCCCGCCGCCGGAGGCGCCGCGCAGCGCGGAGGGCACCAUGCGGCUGGGCUGCGGGGCCUACGCCGCCGGCUGCGUGGUGAUCGAGGUGCUGGGGGUCGCGCUCUUCCUGCGGGGGUUCUUCCCGGCGCCCGCGCGCCCCGAGCCCGAGCCCCCGGCGGCGCCCGCGGCGCCCGAGCCCUUGGCAGGUACGUUUCCAAUUGGACCGAGCGCCCCCCCGCCUCUCUUCAGGAAAGUCGUUAUUAUGCUGAUCGAUGCCUUGAGAGAUGAUUUUGUGUUUGGGUCAAAAGGUGUGAAAUUUAUGCCCUACACCACUUCCCUUGUGGAACAGGGUGCAGCUCACAGUUUUGUGGCUGAAGCAAAGCCGCCUACAGUUACCAUGCCUCGAAUCAAGGCAUUGAUGACAGGGAGCCUCCCCGGCUUCGUGGAUGUUGUCAGAAACCUCAACUCCCCCGCACUGCUGGAGGACAACGUCGUCACACAGGCAAAGGCCGCUGGGAAGAGAAUCAUCUUCUAUGGAGACGAAACAUGGGUGAAGUUAUUCCCAAAGCACUUUGUGGAAUAUGAUGGAACAACCUCGUUUUUUGUGUCAGAUUAUACAGAGGUGGACAAUAACGUGACGAGGCACUUGGAUAAAGUAUUGAAAAGGGGGGACUGGGAUGUGCUGAUCCUCCAUUACCUGGGGCUGGACCACAUCGGCCACAUUUCCGGGCCCAGCAGUCCCCUGAUUGGGCGCAAGCUCAGCGAGAUGGACAGCAUCCUGAUGAGAAUCCACACCUCGCUGCUGUCAGAGGAGAGGGAGGCCCUCUCGCCCAGCCUGCUGGUUCUCUGUGGCGACCACGGCAUGUCCGAGAGUGGGGGCCACGGGGCCUCCUCCCUGGAGGAGGUGAACACCGCGCUGCUCCUCGCCAGCUCUGCGUUCGAGAGGAAGCCCGGUGAAGCCAGGCCCCCAGAGCGUGUGCAGCAGACCGACCUGGCUGCCACCCUGGCGGUGGGGCUCGGCCUGCCCAUCCCGCAGCACAGUGUGGGCCGCUUCCUGUUUCCAGUCGUGCAGGGCAGAGCCCUGCGGGAACAGCUGAGGCUCCUACACUUGAAUGCAGUGCAGCUCAGCAGGCUGUUGCAAGUGCGCGUCCCGGGGUACAAGAAAGAGCAUGGAUUCGAACAUUUUAAAAUAUCAGAAAGGCUGCACGGAAACUGGGUCAGACUGUACUUAGAGGAAAAUAAUGCAGAAAUCCUUCUCAACAUGGGAGCCAAGGCCCGCAAGCAGUACCUGUACACCCUGAAGGCCCUGAGCCAGGCCUUGAGCAGCCAGGAGGCCCAGUACGACAUGUACUCGAUGGUGGUGGGGACCGUCGUGGUUCUGGAGGUCCUCGCCCUGCUCCUGCUCAGCGUCCCGCAGGCCCUGGGUGCCACGGCGAAGCUGGAGGUCCCCCUGUCGCCCGUGUGUUCUCUGCUCUUCUACGUGAUGUUCCUGCUUCUCUGGGCCAUGCACAUGGUCGUGUGCACCUCGACUGAGAGCUCCCUCUACCUGUGCAGCCUCGCGUGGCCCAUGGCGGGCGGGGUGCUGGCGCUGGUCUCCGCGCUGCUCUGUGGGGUCUUGUCCACUCUGACCAGGAUGUGUUUGCGUGGAAAGUUUCUGAGGAGGAACCGAGCUCCUUCCCACUGGAAGUGGUCGGAGCUGGACUUCCUCGUCCUGGCGGGGACGGCAGGCCACGUCCUGAGUCUGGGUGCGAGCAGCUUCAUCGAGGAGGAGCACCAGACCUGGUACUUCCUCGUCAGCACCCUGUGUCUGGCUCUGAGUCACGAGAGCUACCGAAGCUGCUUCCUGGGAGACGACGAGGAGCCUGAGCAUUGCCCGCGGGUGGCAGGAGAGUUUGCCGGCGCGGCAUCAGCGUUGCAGGGCAGGAGCGUCAGCUGUGACGUGUUAGAGCUCGACCGAGCGCGCCAGAGCCCCUCUCCCCUGGACGGACUCCGGGGGCGUGAGAAGUGCAUGGCGCUGGCCGGCCCGUGGCUGGUCCUCGGCUGCUGCCGGCUGCUGCGGUCUCUGAACCAGACGGGGGUGCAGUGGGCCCACCGCCCUGACCUGGGGCACUGGCUCACCAGCUCUGACCACCAAGCCGAACUCUCCGUCCUUGCUGCCCUUUCCCUCCUCGCCAUCUUCGCGCUGGUUCAGAGCAGGUGCUCCUCGGUGGCCAAGGGGGCCCUGGCGCUUGGCCUGCUGGGUGUCUACUGCUACAGGGCAGCCACUGGCCACGUGCUGUCCCCAUGGCAACAAGACAACAAGGACGUUUCCAGGUAAUGUGCUGCAGCCCGGGGGCUUGUUUUGAG